AUGGCAUCACUUCAUCCGAGACCGCCCUAUAGCGACGAAGAAUUCGCCAACUACUAUCCUUCAAAUCUCGAACUCAAGCAAGUACAGAUUCUUCUUCGGCAUGGAGAACGAACACCGGUGGGACCACGUUUUCAAAAUGCAGGCUUACACCCGUAUUGGCCAUAUUGCAAAGCUGCAAAUGCGAUGAGGUCCAUCAUCCUUGGUGCUGACGGGAGUCUCGAUACACUCGUAUGGCAAAGAACCCUCGAGACCAUAGGUAGUCAAGGUCGCCCAGCUCUACAAUCAGGACCCAAAGGCGAACUCGAUUCCAUGUGUCAGCCCGGCGAAUUGACUGAUCGAGGUCGUGAAACGACUCUGGCAUUGGGUCAGCGUUUCCGUCAACUUUACGUCAACCGACUCAAAUUUCUACCUGAAUUUCUUGACGAGGACUCAAGAUCGAAUGUUCGCCUGCAGGCGACUGUCGUACCUCGCGCACUCGAAAGUGUUCAACAAAGCUUUACCGGGCUCUAUCCGCCUGCUUCGCGCUCGCCUGGACUCGCUCCACCAGAAGUAAUUCAGCGACUUUACCCGGACGACACUUUACUACCCAACCAAGGAACCUGUAAGCGGCUUAAGCAGCUUUCUACAGCUUUCGCAGAGCGUACCGCGAAGUUAUGGAACGAUUCUCCCGAGAUCGGAUACCUCAACAAGAGGCUUGGCAAGUGGAUGCCCAAGGAAAGUCCCACAAUUGCAGUAGACUCAUCACCCCGGCUUAGUGGUAUCAUGGAUACUAUCAACGCGACUCGUGCUCAUGGUCCGGCGACCAAAUUGCCCGAAGAGUUUUAUGAUCCUCAAGUUCUGUCCAACAUCAACCGCAUCGUCACUGAGGAGUGGUUCAUCGGUUACCGAGAAUCCAACGAAUACCGCCGACUCGGCAUUGGAGCCUUGAUCGGCGACCUCACUCAACGCAUGAUCGAGAACGUUCGUGGGCUUCCUGUCGAAAAUUCAGACAAACCUUUUAAGCUGGGAAUGGCGGGGUGUCAUGAUACUACCAUCGCUGCGACCUUGACUGCGCUGGGUGCCUUCCGCGUUGAUCAGGACUUGUGGCCCAACUUCACGUCGUCUAUCGCUUUCGAACUCUUUCAAACGCAGAACGGCAUUGAUUCGAAAGCAAAGCCAACUCCGUCCUGGUCGAGUUCCAUAUUCUCGAUGAUAAAGCCCUCGGCCUCAUCUGCUUUGUCCACGCGUGAGCCGCUAUCUUCACUGUCAAGCUCGGAGCGUCAGCAGCUAGACAACCACUACGUUCGCGUUCGAUAUAACGAUACACCUGUGACAAUACCUCACUGCGAACGCCCUGGUAAUCACCUCCCCGGCGAUACUACGUUUUGCACACUCGCCGCAUUCAAGCAGGUUGCGGACCAAAUGACGCCUUUGGACUGGCGAGCCGAAUGCUCGAGCAAUUUGAAGGAGAGCGCUUUCCCGAGCAAGGUCGAGCCGGUGAUGGGAAUAGAGUAG